CGGGGAGGGUGUCAGAGGAGGGAGAAGAGCGGCAGAUGGUCGGCGUGGACCCUGACGUGGGAAGCUCCGAAUUCUCCAAGUUCCCACAGCCAGAGUGCACCUGCCCUCCCCACUCUGUCACCCCGUCCUGCUCGCCUGGGCCUAUAUAAGAUCCGGGGUUGCUCGUCUAAGGCAUCAUUCGCUCACUAGCGUUUCGUUCCAAACCAACUCAGAAAGCACACAUUUUUCGAGUCUUCUCGAAUCAGACAUUACAUAUAAAAAUACACACGCUUUUUCCAAAAAAAGAAGAAGAAGAAGAAGAGUUCGAGUUUUGCCGCGAGUUCCAGUGAACAUCGGAUCGUGGAAAGGAGAGAGAGAGAGAGAGAGGGAAAGAGAAAGAUCGUAUUUAAAACCGGUUCAACCGAGUGUCUUCCUCGCACGAGACAAGGAGCAGAGCAAAGAUGGCCGCCGCCACUAUGAGCCACGUGUUCGAUUACGAGAACGAGCUGAACGAUAAUCUGUACAAUCUGAAGAUGUCGGGCAAAGGUACCACGACCCCGAAACGGGUGAGGAGCGUGUUGAGACCGAUUCUGAGGUUGUUGAAGAAGAGGACGAGCAGAGGGAAGGUUGGAGGGAAGGGGCAGAAGGCGAUGCCGCAGGUGGAGAUCUUCACCGAGGAGGUUGACAAUCAGAACAACGCCAACGAGGCGUUGGAGAGGAGAUUGUUGGCCGAGCUUCAGGACGCCGAGGAAGGGGCCGCUAUCACUGUCUGUUUGGACGGGCAGAUGACAGUUGUACCCGUUGUUCCUGGCCAGUGCUACGUGCCCGUACAUUUCGCGCACACCCACGCAGGGGACUUCUACUGGACGACCCUGAGCAUGACCGACAGUGAUCUGUGCUACAAGGAGCGCGCCUUCUCGCAGCAUCAGACACCUGAGAUGCAGGUUGCGUGAAGAGAUCAUCUCUGGUGUACACCUCACAUCUACCUCAACGAUGGAGAAAAAUCGAAAAUAAAACCUCGAUCUUGUCGAAGAG